GGUGUUUACCUGGCUCGUGUGGCCAGGUGUAAACAGCCUGGUCAUGGUUAGGGUGGUCGCGUGUCAGGCCGCCAUUGUUUGAGUGUAGAGCUAGUUGACUGGUCAUCGGGCCUACCUUGUGAUCUCUGAAUGACGAGCAAAUGAUCGCCCUCGACCACAUGCUCGGUCUCCCACGUCUCAAACACCUGUGACGUCGCGUGCCGCGUGACGUAGUUUCCCUCAGACGUUCCGCUGCGAGUUUGUCUUGGUUUCACUGGCCGAUGGACUAUAAAACAUUACAUGGCUGAUUAGGUAAAUUAAUUUAACGUGCUAAUUGUGAGAUAAUUAUUCUGUUGCAUUUAGCGCCCAUGUGUACACUUUUUUUCUACCCGCAUUUCACACAAGUUGGCAUUUAUUCGAGAACACAGUGAGUUGACUCGAUGGAUUCUCUAACAACACACGGGAUUACACGAGGGAUUCUCUAACAACACACGGGAUUACACGAGGGAUUCGUUCCAAGACUUGAGUGACACAAUGCUGGGCUCAGCUGGCAGCUGAUUGUUGGAGCCGUAGAGCCAUGUCGUAUCAAUAUGGGAGCCAGCACUACCCUGCCAGGCCCCGUUACCUCAUGGCCAGUGGGGCGUUCAACCCCCGCAGUCCCCCCAACGUCGUCCCGACAGCCUCGCUCGUGCAGAUGUCGCCCGGCACGUCUCUGAGAUCGUACGCCACGCAGGGCGGGCACGGACUCCCCCCGGCCUACCCCUAUCAGCAGGGACCGCAGUCCCCCUCACACCAGCCCGCGUGCAGCAACUCCUCCCCGGGCGGCGGUCAGAUGAGCCCCCCUAGCUGUGGACACAAUGGUCCACCCAGGAUCAACGUCUCGCAUCCAGCCGUGAGCCAGUACCCAGCAGUGACUCAGUACCAGGGCCAUCCUGGCUACAACACAUCGCCGCUGUCACCGGGCCAACUGCAGGCCAUGAGGAUGGCGCAACAUUCCAUGGGCCACCCCAGCGACAACUCUACUCCACCUCCAGUCACGUCACACAGCCCCCUGGUACCGCCUUAUCACUCUGGAGGAUCCGCCUCUCGCAUGUCACACUCACAUUACGACCCUCGUUAUGGCGUCUCAAACAUGCCAGACCACGAGCGCUCCUUUUUGUUUCCUAACGCUAUGUUCUCACCCCCCGUGCCCGGGAAUGGCGCGGUCAAGAACGGACCAACAGAUGGAGGUAUAUACGGCUACAAGCAGUCUGGUAUGAACGACAGUGGUGUUUGGACCAGCAACCAACCGGCUGGCUUUGAAGGAAGAUUUGAGGACCCCAGAUCACAAUACAAUGGUAACCAUGGUAACGGUCCUGAUCCACGCAUUGAACAUUUUUUAGGUCCUGGUCCCGCUGAUGACAAAGGUGAUAUAUAUUCAAGGUCAAGCUACCCAGUCAGAGAUGGUUUGACUGCACAGGGCAUGAUGGGUAAUUCAAUGUCACCUGACGCCCUUGGUGGAGGCAAACCAACAUGUCCGCCCUACUACCCAUUCAAACGUUCAGUGGAAGAGUCGGCUAGAGGUGGGCGGUCCAGUGAGAAGUUUACAGAAACCAAAAGGAGAAAAAGCAAUUCAGUUUACUCACCUGGACCAGAAGAUUACCCACAAGAUUCCCCCAGGUACAACUCACCUAAACCAGGCUAUGGAGUCUAUAUGGACCAUCCACCUGGUUCAGUUGACCCAUGGUCAGGAGGUCAAGGUGGCCUCCCUUCCUCCUACCCUUCUUCCCUCCUCCCUGGUUCCUCCGGUCCCUUCCCCCCACAGUCUUCCUACCCACCUAACAUGCAGCAUCCAGGAGAAAUGUAUCCAGUCUCUCCUCUCCAAGACCAACACCCGCAGUUGCCCCCCAUGUCCUCAUUUCGUGGGGGGCAGCCAGUAGGUGGGGUGCCUUCAUCGGGAGCCGGCUACACUGGUGCCUCCUCCCCAACUAUAAACGGGUCAGACAUGAUGUCAUCGCGCCAACCUGCCAUGUCAUCUUCUGGUAAUGCAGUUGGCAAAGCUCUUGCCUCGAUUUACUCAACCGAGCAAACCAACAGCAGCUACGGCUCCAACCACUCCACACCUGUCUCCUCCCCCACACCUAUCACAGGCUCAUCAUCACAAGCUUGGAACCGACCGGUCAGCCAGUCUGGAACCACAUAUGAGGCUAAUCAUAUCCACCCGAUGGGCAGAAUAGAGGAGCGUCUGGACCUUGAUGACGCCAUCCAUGUCCUGCGCACCCACGCGGAGGGGCAGCCACCUCUACCACCUGGACAUCCGGGACUACCUCCCCCAAUGCUGCCCACUGGGGCCCACCCACCCCUGGGCUCUCUGGGGCCCUACCCACCUGGGAUGAUGGGACUCGACUCUUCACUUAUAGGUCAUCAUGGCAUCCCCAAUGACAGAGUUCCACCAUCUUCCAGCCUUCCUUCAGUAUCUUCAGACCAGCAUAAAUCAUAUGACACAGGAGAUGAUCCAGACGCCUCGUCUGAUGGACCAAUCAAAUUAGAGAAAUCAGAAAAAGAUGGAGAGAAGGCAGACAAAUCAGGGGGAGACAAGUCAUCUAAAGGAGGAUCACAGAGUGGGGAGCCACCAUCCAAAAGAGCCAGAACACACGGCAAGGCAAGCAGCAAUCAUGAAGAUGGGUAUGACAAUAGUAUCGACAGGUCGAGUCUUAAAUCAGCAGCUAAUAAAAACGCAAAAAACAAGCAGGAAGAUGAAUCAAACCUAACACCAGCAGACAAGGCAGAACGGGAGAGGCUGCGUCGUCAGGCUAAUAAUAAUAGAGAAAGAGUUCGAGUCAGAGAUAUAAACGAAGCAUUUAAAGAACUGGGUCAGAUGGUGACCUUACACUGCAACUCUAGCCAGCCACUGACCAAACUGAUGGUGUUACAGCAGGCCGUCAAUGUUAUCACUUCACUAGAGUCUCAAGUUAGAGAGAGAAAUUUAAACCCUAAAGCUGCGUGUCUGAAAAGAAGGGAAGAAGAAAAAACAGAAGAAUUGCCAGGGAGGACAUUGUCAUCUGAAGAUUUGGCUUCAGGGUUAGCUAACAAGUGUCCACCUGAACCAGGUAAAGGCUCGUGGCAUUCUUGGUAGCUGGUCAAACCUCUCACUUGGGCCUUUGUUGCCAUAGGGACCCAGAAGAUCUGUUCACCCUCCCACCAUUUGACUCAGUCGACCAACCGGAUCAGAUGAAGGCCUGCAUGCUCCAUUGGACUAGCUGAAUUGUUAACAUUUUCUCAUUAGAGAUCAUUAGUCUAAUCAGAUGUUUUAUUUUCAAGAAAUGAGAUAAUUGUUUUGUUUUUUAAGAAAUGAGAUAAUUGUUUUGUUUUUUUUCUGAGCCUAAAAAAAAUGUGAAUCUGGCAAUGUUUCUGCUUCUGAACAGAAAUGUGUUGAGGUAAUUUCCCAAUGUCUAUUUUUUGGGCAGUUUUCCAUGUAGUAAGAUCCAAGGCCAAUCUGAUUUCUCUAAUCCCUGUCUGGUGGAGCUGUGGCAGCUUCAUCUUACAAGUCUCUUGUAUUUUCACAAGUUUGGUCAUGUCAUCCCAUAGUAGACUCCCUAGGCUGGUGACAGUGUUCUUAGGUUGGAGCUUGCAUU